AUGGAUUCGCUCUCCGUGGGGCCAGUUCAGUAUUCGUCUUUAGAAGCAGACGAGUUCGAUGACGGGAACAGCGCGGAUGACAUCGACGAGGUCGAGGAGGCGCCUGAGACGAGCCGCACCACGGGGGUGCCUCCCGAGGGCAGCCUGAAGCAACAGAUCUGCCAGGGACGCUUUGAGGCUUGGGUGUCGCAGAUGAAGUUAGGGCAUAACCCCUUGGUCUACGAGCUUUACAAGCGAUUGGAACUUCUAUCGCAUUCGGUGACCAAUUCCUCGGUACGCUGUCUCUUAGUGGAAUUCUCCAUCGCUGGAAUGCAUGGUGUCUACAAGCAGAGUUCUUGCUUCGAUCCCACGUCACCCACAUGGCUCCUGAACUCAGAGUCCAACAAAAUGGAGCAGAUCCCAAACCUGGUGGUAGACUGGACCUUGGAUGACGAGCUCCUCAUCUCUUCCCGGUACUACACCGGCGCCGAGCGCCGUGGACCCUAUGUGGACGAGAGCCGGCUCAGCUGCCCAGACUUCGAACACCGCAUGAAGUCUCAGGCAUUUGCCCUUCGGAGGCAUCCCACAUCGCAUUCUGGCGGCGUGAGAGGCCUCUUUUGUGAGUCCGUAGUGCUCAACGGGGAGCGGAGCUGCGGAGCUGCGCGGGGGCGGCUGGAGGCCAAGGGUGGAGAGUUCAGCGGACGGCUGGUGUUGAUUUCUCAUGCUGACACCAUGGGCUCGGGUGCCUCGCAGCCGGAGCAGAAGCCGGCGCCGCCCAUCUUGAGGUCGAUCUCAACUGCACAGGCGAAUUUGAGGAAAGACUACCAAGGAGACACCUUACUCUCCGCCGAUGUGGGUGGCACGGGCUCCCGCCUGCACCUCUUUCUGCCCCCGGACUCGCUGAACCCCACCGAAGCCGACUUCUUCGUCCCACCGGAGCGCAUGAUCUUUGAGAAGCAGUACAAGAACGAGCGUUUCGAGUCCUUUAUGGAUGUGGUGCGUCUCUUCCUUCAAGAGGCUGGAUUGGAGAAGCCGCCAUUGCUGGCAUGCCUGGCCGUCGCUGGUGUCGUGGUCGACAACUCUGCGCGCUUCGUCAACUUGGGUUGGGAGAUUAGUGGGCGCAAAAUCGAAGAGGCCUUUUGCAUUCAGCGGGUCGAGCUGAUCAACGACUUCGUGGCGCAGGGCUAUGGAAUCCUCACAUUGAACCCCAAGAAGGACUGUGAGAUCUUGCAAGACGCACCCAUUAAGCACGGCGCGCCCAUCGCGGUCAUUGGCGCCGGCACUGGGCUCGGCGAAGCCUUUUUGACGGUCGGUGCCCAGGGGGAUUACGAGGUGUGGCCCUCGGAGGGUGGCCAUGCAGAGUAUGCCCCACGACAGGAGGGGAGCAAGUCCUUGGAAACGGAGCUCCUCCAAUACUUGACCAUCAAGUACAGUGAGAAGUCACGUGUGAGUGUGGAGCGCGUGGCCGCUGGCCGAGGCAUCGCAAACAUCUAUGAGUUCUUAUCCUGGAAAUAUCCUGAGAAGGUGAACAGGGCCGUGCAUCGGAGCUUCAUUGGGCCGAUCGAGGGGCCCAGGACCUUCGACCCUGCGGCCAUUACCAAAGCAGCUUCUGCAGGCAUUUGCGAGCUCAGCAAACAGACGGUGGACAUUUGGGCCGGUGCCUAUGGAUCGGAGGCAGGCGUGAUGGCCUUGACCUAUAUGCCCUUCGGAGGCCUUUAUUUGACCGGCGGUGUGACUUCCAAAAUGAAGGAUUGGCUCAGUGGCAAGAAGACGGGGCAGAGCACCUUCCUCGAGGCCUUCUUGGACAAGGGUCGAGUAACGACGAUGCUCAUGCGAGUGCCGGUGAUGGUGGUCCAGGGCGAGGACAUGGGCGAGCGGGGCGCCAUGCUGAAAGCCACGCGGAUCUACCUUGAACAACAAAAGCACAGGAUCAUGUCGCAAGCCUCCUGCUCCACGGGAGCACCGGAGUUUGUGCUGAAGCCGAGCGCCAUUUGCGCACGCCAGCCGGCAGGUGAGGACAUCCCUACCGUGGUGGAAGUCGCAGAAGAUUAG